AUGGCCACCACCCGCGACGUCUCCACCGCCGCCGCCGCCAUGUUCCACGUCUACCAGCCGAUGCCGAUGCCAUCCACGGCGGCGGCGGGCGACACCGGCGCCAUGCUGGCGGCCCCCGCGACGAAGCCGGUCAAGAAGGAGGGCGGCGGCGGCAGCGGCAAGGACCGGCACAGCAAGGUGAACGGGCGCGGGCGGCGCGUGCGCAUGCCGAUCGUGUGCGCGGCGCGCGUGUUCCAGCUCACCCGCGAGCUGGGGCUCAAGUCGGACGGCCAGACCAUCGAGUGGCUGCUCCGCCAGGCCGAGCCCUCCAUCAUGGCCGCCACGGGCUCCGGCACCACCCCGGCCGUCUUCGUCUCCUCCUCCGCGCCGUCCACCUCCUCUUCCUCCUCCCACUACCACCAGCAGCAGCAGCAGGCCACCACCGUCCUCGGCAAGCGCCCGCGCGAGGAAGGCGACGCCGCCAUAGGCACCGCGUCCGCGUCCGCGUUCUGGGCGGCGCUGCCGGCCGCCGCGCCGCGGACGACGGCGGAGGCCUGGGGCUUCUCGCCGCUGGAGGUGCAGGCGGUGGCGGCCGCCGCCGCGGCGGCGUACGUCCCCAUGGCGCAGGCGCAGCAGCACCACCACCUCAACCUGCUAGCCGCGCUCUCCGGCGCCGCGAGGCGCGCCGAGGAGGAGACCCGGUGA